AUGGCUAAACCGAUGGUCACUCACGACGAGGGCUCUUUCCCCAUGGAGGCCAAGCCAGAUCCCAAUCUCGAGAUCGAGAUUCCUCAUGUUCCGCUGACGGAGGAGGAUAACAAGCGCAUCUGCCGCAAGACCGACCGCACAAUCCUGGUGGUCUUGAUAUGGGUCUACUUCUUGCAGAUUCUGGACAAGUCAGUGCUUGGAUAUGGUGCAACCUUUGGCUUGCGGACAGACACGCAUCUGACCGGCAAUCAAUAUUCCCUGGUGGGAUCUAUUGCACCCAUUGCCCAGCUGGCCUGGCAGCCCUUUUCAUCCUAUCUCAUUGUGAAAGUGCCUCAUAAGAUCCUCAUGCCUUCCUUGUGUCUGGGAUGGGGGAUCGCUCAAACAUGCAUGGCGGCGUGUCGCAACUUCUCGGAAUUGAUGGCGGCACGGUUCUUCCUGGGAUUGUUCGAAGCCGGAUGCUUGCCUCUCUUCGGUGUCAUGACUAGUCAGUGGUAUCGUCGUGCUGAGCAGCCCACCCGCAUCGCAGCUUGGUAUGGCACCAACGGACUUGCGACUAUUGUCGCAGCCGCCCUGUCCUAUGGCCUUGCCCACAUCAAGUCGGACGUCUUGGAAUCAUGGCAAAUUAUUUUCCUCUUCGUGGGCCUGGUCACCAUUGUUUCCGCCCCGGUCGUCUAUUGGCGUCUCGACAACGACGUGUCAACAGCUCGUUUUUUGAACGAGGAAGAGAAGCUGCAGGCCAUGGAACGGCUACGAGCCAACCAGACAGGUACUGGUAACACAGAGUUCAAGUUCAGUCACGUGCUAGAAGCGGCCCUGGAGCCCAAGACCUAUCUGUGGAUUGCAAUGGCGAUGCUGCUCAACAUCGGUGCCAGUGUCACCAACACCUUUGGCCCACUCAUCAUUGGUGGGCUAGGCUUCGACAAGUAUACCACCAGUCUUCUGAACAUGCCUUUCGGUGCUGUGCAGCUGGCUGUCAUUUUGAUCUCCAGUUAUCUCGCGCAAACUGCUCGUCUAAAGGGCGCAGUCCUUGCUUUCUUCUUGUUGCCCGUGGUGGCUGGGCUGGCAAUUCUCUACGCAGUCCCUCGAAACACCGGCGAUCAUGGCCCAUUACUCGCUGGGUACUAUCUGCUUGGCUUCCUCUUCGGCGGCAACCCCUUGGUCGUGACGUGGAUUGUCGGAAACACGGCGGGAAGUACAAAGAAGUCUGUGGCCAUGAGCCUUUACAAUGCUGCCUCGUCAGCUGGUAACAUCGUGGGACCACUGCUCUUCGCCUCCAAGGAUGCGCCCGCCUAUCUUCCAGGACUGCGUGCCUGCCUGGGCAUCUUCAUCGCCAUGAUUGCGGUAGUGCUCCUUCAAUGGGCCAACCUGUGGUUCCUCAAUAAGCAACAGGCCCGCCGUCGUGUUCGCAAUGGAAAGAGUGCUCACAUUAUUGAUCAUUCGAUGCAGUCUCACUUCCAUGGCAUUCAGGAGACUCAUGAAGAGACCGGGUCCGGACAAUACGUGGAGCACGCGGGUGCCCAUGUGGCUGAUGACCUUACUGACCGACAAAAUGACGAAUUUGUAUAUAUCUAUUAA